AUGGUUCAUCAAAAUAUUCCUGCUAAGUAUAUGCUUAGUGGCACAAUGGCUAAAAGUGGACCAACUAUAACCAUGACGACCCUCACUGAUCUCGUAGCAUUCGCCGUUAGCUGUCGUUCUAUCUUUCCCGCGAUUCGUUUGUUUUGUACAUACGCAGCGCUGGCGAUUUGGUCUGCAUUUUUUAUGCUGGUGACGUUUUUCGUUGGUUGCAUGUGGUUUGAUAUCAAAAGAAUCAACGCUCAACGUCGAGAUUUCGUGCCUUGUUUGAUGAGUCCUCCUCCCACGGACUGCUGUUCUGGUAUUCGGGCCAAUGGAUUUGACAACGUAAUGCGCGCUUGGGGGAAGGUAAUAACUUCCUCUCCAGGGAAAGUUUUAGUCUGUCUGUGUUCCUUACUACUCCUGUCAGGUGGUAUUUACGGCGCUCUCAAUAUAGACGAAAGUUUCAACAGGCAAUUGUUAACAACUGAAGAUUCACACUACCGAAAAUUCCUGAACGUUUAUGAAGAAAACUUUCAUCUUAAUAUCGAAGUAAAUAUCAUCUUCCCUGGACAAGUGGAUCACUCAAGCCAAGAAAUUCAGAAAAUGUAUUCCACUGUUAAGAGUCUUGCUAAAAGUAAUGGCCACUUUCUUUCAGCAAGGAUAUCUUGGUUGUCAGAAUAUCAAACGUGGGCAAAGGAAAAGAACAUUGACAUAAAUGAUACCAGAAUCUUCUACAAAACUUUGUCAGAUUUUAUUUCCUUGCCAAAAUACAGAAGGUUUGCCCAAGAUUUGAAAUUUUCUGAAAAUAAAACUCAUUUGACAGCUUCAAGGAUUUUGCUGUAUUCCAAGAGCAGCCCUGACUCGAUCUUUCAAAGAGAUAUGAUGGUCAGCAUAAGAGAAGAUCUCUCUCGUUUCACAGAUAUCGAUGCAUUUGCUGUUGCCCUACCUUUUAUCUACUUUGAACAGUAUGCUCAUGUGCUUAACGAAACUAUCAGAAACUUAAUUGUUGCUGGAAUUUCAAUUCUUCUGAUAUCAUCCAUGUUCCUAAAUCAUUUUGUAAUAAUAAUAUGUCUACUGUGUGGAUUUCUUGCUCUUAUACUUGAACUACUCGGACUAAUGUACAUAUGGAAUGUCUCAGUGAACUCACUUUCCAUGAUAAAUCUUGUUAUGGCUUUAGGAUUUUCUGUUGAUUACAACGCACACAUCGCUUAUCAUUUCGUAUCCUCCAAGGCUGGCUCUCCUGAGUUUCGGGUCAUUGACGCACUAGGCAAAAUUGGCGGUAGUGUUUUUCUCGGAGGGUUAAGUACUUUCCUUGGAAUGAUGCCAACAGGAUUUGCUUCCUCUACAAUAUUCCGAACAUUUUUCAAGAUGUUUGUUGGUAUAGUAGUUCUUGGUUUGGUUCAUGGCUUGGCUAUAUUACCUGUGUACUUAACACUUCUCGGAAAGGUAUUUGACUUCCGUGAAAUGAACAUUGACUCAAUUAUAAUAAAAUGGUUCAAGCGUGUAAGAAAACAGAAGUCCUAUGAAACUACAAGCACAAACUCAUCUGAAUAUGUCGCAAAAGCUAAAAAUUCCAUUCCUGUUGCUAUCGUUGGAAUCGGUUGUCGGUUUCCUGGCGGUGCGAACUCAAAAGAUGAAUUUUGGGACAUGUUAGCGAAUGGACGAUGUGGUAUUGGGUCUUAUCCUACAAACAGACCAAAUUCAAAAGAAUUUUUUGAUUCUUUCAGUUCUGGAAAAAACACUCCGGGAAAACACUACGUCCUUGCUGGGGCCUUUCUUGAAAACAUUACUGGAUUUGAUGCUCAAUUUUUCGGAAUAUCCCCAACAGAAUGUCGCUCAAUGGAUCCACAACAACGAAUACUUCUUCAAGUUGUUUACGAGGCAAUUGAAGAUGCUGGAAUGCGUCUUGAAGAUUUACAGCAAUGUCGAACAGGUGUUUAUGUUGGAUUAAUGAACUUAGAAUAUGGUUCACUUGUUUUAGAUUCGUCCAAUAUUCGAAAAAUUGAUCAGUUUUCCUCCACUGGAUGUGCAAUGUCCGUUCUCGCCAACCGCAUUUCAUUCUCGUUGGAUUUAACCGGUCCCAGUCUGACGCUGGAUACAGCGUGUUCAUCAUCCUUAGUGGCUUUUGACGUUGCGUUCGGACACCUACAAACUGGUGAAUGUGACGUAGCCAUUGUGUGCGCAGCAAAUAUUCUUCUAUUGGGUAACAAGUUCCAUACAGCAUGCUGCAGGACUGGAUUGUUAGCCCAAGACGGUCGUUGUAAGAGCUUCGAUAUAAAAGGAGAUGGAUAUGGUCGAGGUGAAGGUGUAGCUGCGGUUGUGAUCAAACCAACCAAAACAGCCUUAGAUGAUCGAGAUGAUAUUUAUGCAGCAGUUGUGGCCUGUGGUGUAAAUAACGAUGGACAAACAGCAAUUCCAAUGACAGCGCCUAGUGAAGUAACCCAAUCCAUUUUGUUUCAAAGAGUCCUUCAAGAAUCUGGGUUUUGUAAGGACGACAUACAAUAUGUUGAAGCACAUGGUACUGGAACAGCCGUAGGUGAUGUUGUUGAAAUGGGAUCAUUGGCAACCGUUUAUGGCAAUAGCAGUAAGAGAAUACUUCGUCUAGGAUCAGUGAAGUCAAACAUAAACCAUACUGAAUCAACUGCAGGUUUGGCUGGGUUAAUCAAGACAUGUCUGAUGAUAAAAUAUGGUCAGUUUGUUCCGACUAUUAACGUGAGUGAAGUGAAGCCGCAGCUUAAAAUGUCUGAAAGAAGAAUGAUGGUACAAGUUUGUAAUCAACCUUGGAAUACCGAAGGUGGAACACCAAGAACAGCUGCGGUCUCUUCAUAUGGCUUUGGUGGUGCUAAUGCUCACAUUAUCGUCAGAGAGGUAACCAAGAACCCUGUAAAUGUUAUCCCGAAUAGAAGUAUAUCUAACAGAGUUAUGACGUUAUCAGCUGCUUCAAAAGAUGCCUUAAGAGCAAUGGCCAGGAAAGUAUCACAGUCGUUUAAAGCAAAACUAGAUGAUGACGAACUUCUUAAGGAUAAUAUUUGCUAUUCCCUGAAUGAGAGAUACACCGUGCAUUCUCAUCGUUUAGCGGUCAGCUUUUCCUCGUUUGAAGAUGCAGCAAAGGCUUUAGAAAAGUUUGCCGAUCAAGAGAAAGGAUGGGAAGAAUUAGUGGCUACUGGUGACGUAACAAAAACGCGCAAUAAAGUUGUGUUCUUGUAUGGUGGUCAAGGAGCUCAGUGGUAUGGAAUGGCAAGAGAGAUGUUAGUACAUGAGCCAAAGUUUAAGGAAAGCAUUGAAAAGAUUGAUGCUCUCCUUAAACGGUACAAAGCGUCAUGGUCCUUAAUUACUGAGCUUAACAAGCCCGAAGAAUCUUCCCGCCUUCACGAAAACCCAAUCGGACAGACAGCCUUAUUUGCCAUACAUUUUGCUUUAACAGAAUUAUUGGAAUCUUGGGGUGUUACACCGUCUGCUGUUGUUGGCCACAGUCUUGGAGAAAUAUCAGCAGCCUGGGCAUCUGGUGUAUUGCGUUUACAUAAAGCGUUGCAAUUGAUUUUAUUUCGAUCUCAACUUCACGAACAAUGCUCACCAACAGGUUGUAUGGCUGCCAUUGGGCUUUCAGAAGAGGAUGCACGAAGUAUGUUGCAAGCUCUUCAGUUAGAAAACGAAGUUGAUGUUGCGGUCGUCAAUAGUCCUGGUAACGUGGUGUUAGCUGGUGGUAAAGCUUCGAUGGAGGCCGUUGAAAACCAUGUGAAAAGCGCGCGAGGGGAUGUGUUCUGGAGGAAACUUACUACAACACGAGCAUAUCACAGUCGAGAGAUGGAAGAAAUAGAGCAGCCUUACUUCAAACUCACAAGUGAAUUCAACGUACGUCAAACAUCAAGUAAUAUACCAUUUUACUCAACAGUUACAGGUACCCAAUUAUCCAGCCAGCAUCUUGACCUCAAGCAUUGGUGGAAAAACAUCCGACAAGCUGUUUUACUAGAGCAUGCCUUGAAAACUAUGUUUUCUGAUGGAUAUCAGUUCUUCAUUGAAAUCAACGCUACUCCUCAGCUUUCAUACCAUGUUCGCCAGACCUGGUCUCACAACCGAGAACCAAAAUCCCUCAGCGCAAAUGAUGCCGUUGUGGUUCAAACUCUGCCAAAACGCUCAGCCAAUCAACAGCAUUUGUCGUUUCUUCAAAAUUGUGUCGCUCAUUUAUUCACAAAUGGUGUCCCACUAUCCUGGAAUAAAGUGCAAGGUUCCGGAUCGAAAUCAUUUUUUCCGCGUCCAACUUACCCAUGGCAAGAAACGGAGUUUUGGUACCGUGAUGAGCAUCCGUCAGAGUUUGUUACAUUCCUCGAUGACCACAAAACCGAACGAAAUAAGAGAAUCGUUACUUCCCAUCCUCUACUUGGAAAAUCUGUUCCAACUGAAACGUUCACUGGUUUGCACGCUUGGGAAUCUGAAAUCAAUUUGCACAAUGUUUCAUAUAUCAACGAUCACAAAUUUGCUGAAUCUCCGGAUCCUGUGAUACCAGGAGCUGUUUACGUAGAGAUGAUAUUGGCAAUGUCUGUGGAUUUGUCUCCAAACACGGCACCUGAUAUACACAACAUUAGCUUCAAGAAUCUGUUGACUACAUCCAACAACGACUCGCAUAGAAUUAGAACGCGUCUUCUGCCCGAAGAGUGUGCUGGUGAAGGAAAUCAAUUUCAGAUUACAAUUGUGAAAGAUCUAGACGACGACAAUGAAGUAGUUGUGUCUGAAGGCUCCAUACAAUUAGGGGUUAAUGAUGGCUAUGGAAGCAAAGGUAAGAAGGAAAAUUUAAAUUAUCGAAUGUAGUUGAUAGACUGUAGUUGGAUACUGUGUCAUUCUUGAUACGGUGUUAUUAUUCUCGCAUUCUCUAGACAUAUAUUAAAAGUUUACUCCACUAAGUGCGGGACACAUUCAGUGGCGGAAAUUCACUUUUUGCGGUGGGCAAAGCCUCCUAAAUUUCCGACAAAACUUUCAAAUUUCCGACAACCUCCCUGUCCCCCUCUUUGAGGUCGAAAUUUCCGAAAAUUCGUCAUUUUUCGUGAAGGGGGGGGGGGUCGCCCCCCGCCCCACCAAGAUUUCCGCCAAUGGGCACGUAUCAGAUAAAUGUUCAAAAGGGAUGCAAGUCAGGCAACAAAACGUUCAUUGUUGGUAAUUGUUAAGAGGAGGAGUUGACUUAAGGGUGAGAUUAGGAACAGACUAAUGACAAGGAUCGAAUUUCUGUCCAGCAAACUAUCCGCUGUGUAGUCAUGAAAUAUAUAGCCGUCAUCAGCGAACCGUCGAAACCAGUCUGUGUAUAAGUAGUGCAUUGAUAUAAAUAGUGCAUUGUGAAAACGUUUACACUUGUUUGCAGCAGUCCGAACAGACUGUUUUAUUCUUAUUUACGUUUUUUAAUUUAGAAUCAUCCCAAAGAAACCCUAACGAUCUUGAAGUUUUUAAAUCCGCAAUGACUAAAUGGUCGAAAGAUGAUAUUGUAAAGGAACGUGAAAACGUAGGUUUCGCAUUUGGUCCUCAGUUUGAUUUAAUAACAGACGCGUGGUCGAAUGGCACUGAAGCGCUUGCUCUCAUAUGUCCAACUGAAGAGAUCAUUAAAGAAGCAUCAGCUUACGUUAUACAUCCUUCAGUAAUUGAUGCGUGUUUCCAGACAAUGAUUCUCCUCAAAAGUCUGGAAGGGAAAUUUGUGCCACAGAAGAUCACACAUGUCACGAUAUUGCAACGACCCACAUGCCUAGAACAGUUUUAUGCCCACACAAAGAUCGUAGAAUCAGAGAAAACACCAACCUACAACAUCACCUUGAUGGAUCGUUACGCCAGACCAGUGAUGAUUAUUGAAAAGUUCAUCACGGCAGAAAUUUCAGCAGAUAAAACCAAAGUGACUUUCGAGGACACAUCAUUCACUUUUGGUUGGGAGCAAUUAACGUCUGAAACUCCGACAGUGAGUCAAGAUAACGUUUGGCUUAUUCUUAGAGAUCAAAGCAAGUUUGCUGAGCGGUUUUCUCAGAAUGUUCCAGCUGGUGAAAGUGUCCAUUUUGUUGACAUACAAGAUACCUCAGAUAAAACACGUGACGUAUUUUCUGAAGUACUAGAUGAAGCAUUGAGCAAAAUAGAGGGCGACGGAAAGUUACUGUUGAUCAAUUUCUGGCCAGUAGAUGGGAGCAAAUUCAAUGCUGAUACGCACAACUUCGAUGCAACUCACGAGCUUGCUUUUGAAAGUUGUCUCUCCAUUUCGCAAGAAAUUAUAAAAAGAGAAGCUUUUACCAAAAUUAUUAAGCUCGUUUUUGUCACUUCAGGAGUAGUUACAAUUCCUCAACCCGAUCGUUAUCCUACCAUUGUCAGUUCAGGUGCUUUCCCGUGGUCUGCUUCUGUGUUUGGAUUCAGGAGAACUUUCUCAGAAGAAAUAACUGCACCAAAUGCGUCUGUGGUUGAUUUGCCAAACAAUCCUAGCGAAGACGAUUUCUAUACUAUGGUAGAGGACGUGAGAAAAGCAACGAUGGAAGAAGAAACUGUCUAUAGAGAUGGAAUACGUUACGUUAAUCGCUUUAGGAAGUUGCAUUUGGACGGAAGGAUAUUUACCAAACAGGAAUCUCCCACAACGAAAGAUGGAGCACGAAAGCCUUUCAAGAUGACAAACAUGUCAGACCAGUGGUUUUUACAGAAAACAUCCAACCAGCGGAUGAAAGAGAAAAUAAAAAUUGAAAUCUACUUCGCCUGUCCAAUUCUUCAGAAACCUUGGCUAGACCUUAAAACGAAUGAUCGCGUUGCCUUUGCAGGAAAAUACUGCAAUGGGUGCAAAGAACAACAAAAUUGCUUCGUGGUUGGCGUUUGUAAAAUUGAUGACCUCGGGAGUUAUGUUGAUGAAGAGAAAUGCUGUUUCACAGAGAUAAAAGAUAACAUCACUGCUCUGCAAGCUGCUUCGCUUGGUUUUCCACUGGCAAUGUCCUACCAUAUUCUUAUCAAUCUUCUUAACAACAUGCAAGGAAAGAAAGUCCUUAUCUAUCACCAAAGCGAAGAAGUGUGCUGCGUCUUCGCAUGCGUUGCCAUAUCUUUAGAUAUAAAAGUCGUGUGCCUUGUCAAAGAUCGAUCCAGUCAAGAUCGAAUUAAGAAAUUUGGAAACAUAGUGGUUUUAACUGAAGACGAAAUAACAAGAACGGAAAUGAAUGAGGUCAGUUCCAUGAAUUUGGAUGCGGUUUGCCUUCUCAGCAAGAACGGUACAUAUAUCACUCGUCAAAUUGUGAAACACCUUAAACCAGGCGCUAGUGUGAUUUCUGUAUAUGGAGAAGAAAAUGUCAAAUUUAACCCGUUUAUUCACGGCAAAGAUGUCCAUUGUAUUAUGACCAAUUUGGAAAAUAUCACUGACAAUUCGAAGGACUUUUCGAAGUUAUUGGGUUCGUGUUGUUCUGCUUUGAAAUCAAGAGGACUUAUGGAAAGACUUCUGAAUAUUCCUCAACUAGUAUCCAGUAUAUAUGAUGUCAUGAACAGUGAAUCCAAGAAGAGAGCUUCUUAUUUGGAAAGAGGGAAGGAAAUUCGCUUGUACGUAGUUUCUUUGAGGCCCAAGGACACUCCUGAUAAAGCGGAUUUCUACAGUUUACCGUUUGACACAAACGGUUUGAAAGAUGACCGCACAUAUCUUGUAAUUGGCGGUGUUCGUGGUUUUGGAUUCGAAAUCGCCAAAUGGAUGGUUGAAAAUGGUGCAAAAACAGUCAUGUGUACAGCUCGUUCAGCACCAAGUGAGGAAAAGAAAGCUGACGUUCAACGCUUGGAACAGGAUACUGGAUCGCAGAUUCUUCUGAGACAGGCAGAUGUUACAUCUUGGAAAAAAAUGAAUGUAAUUAAGGAGGAACUGGACCGUUUGCCUGCUGUAGCUGGAAUUGUUUUCACCGCCAUGGUUUUGGCAGAUCAGUUACUCAAAGACGCCGACUUGAAAACAUGCAAAAAGGUUGUGGAGACAAAAGUAAAAGGUAUGUUUUCUGCCGGUAUAAAAAGAAAUAUUUGACUUCUAAUUCAUGUCAAGUUUCUGCAGUUCCGUGGUCAGGCCACCAGUACUGUUAAUAAUUUUCAGCUCCACUAAACAGCUCCUGUAAUGAUACUGUUCGUUAACCUUUUUAGCAUACUGUUGCAACGUACAAAUUCCUAACACGAUCUCUUGUGAUGAAAUAAGUAUUAUUCGUUAUUCAAUGGCUUAUCUUUUCCCAGAAAAUUAAUCUAAGCAUAAAAUAUACCACCAAUCGUUCCAACUGCUAAAACAAGAAAUUGAAUGUUUUAUUAUAAUUUGACGCUUUGUCUUAGGAAGUGUUAUCCUUCAUCAACUCAGUCUAUCGAUGGAUCUCGAUUUCUUCGUUAUGUUCUCCUCAGUAUCUGGUGUUCUUGGUAAUAUUGGUCAAGUUGCUUACGCAGCUGCUAACUCAUUUAUGGACCAACUAUGUGAAUAUCGUCGACACAAACUUGGCCUGCCAGCGCUGUCUGUGAACUGGGGACCAAUCAGUGGUGCUGGAGUGCUCGAGAGGAAUACAGACAUAACAUCAAUUCUUGAAACAAAUGGAUUCUAUGCUCUACACUACACAACAGGUAAAUACGAGUCUACGAAUAGAUGUAUCAAAACCACACAAUCUACUGUAUUUAUAAUUAUCAUUAUCGUUUUUAUUAUUAUGUAUGAAUUACAACUGAAUCGCAUUAAAAAAAUUUCAGUGUGUAAACGUGCGUGUAUUUUUAUACUUCUCAUAUCUGAAAAAUCACUGUACCUUCAAACAACGACUUGUUACACUAUUCCUUACAUGUGAAAAUAUAACCAAACACUGCGAAGUAAAGAGAAUUGAAACUGAGACAAUCAGAAGAGGCGAUAUAGAGAACAAGCGCGAUACGUGUACUGCAGGCCAGCGGCCUGUGCUGUUUUAUAUGUGACAAAAUUAUAAUAUCUGAAAACACACCUCGUUUUGUUUAAUUUCACCAGUCCUACCUUGAACAAGGCGUAUGGAGGUUUUAUUAUUGAAAAUGUUCAUUGAACACGAUAACGAAGAGAAAGCAAAAUCCAUAAUGUCAAGCGCAUAUAUAUGUCAGAAAUUAUUGUGAUGGUCAGAGAACAAGCCAGUGAGCAAUACGAACCGACGACUUUACAGUUUUUGCCUCCUAUUUCUCUCCGAGAUUAAAAAUAAAAAGUUAUCCAACCUCAUAUUCGUAAUAUAAUACUAAUAUUAGACGGAAAGUUUGGAAAAACAAGAACAGCUGCAAAAGAGUAUAAAAAACAGCAUUAUGUAUAUUGCAAUACGUACGCGUAUAUACAGUGUAAGUCAUACCUUUUUUACAGUAUAGUAAAAAUAUCAUCCGAAUAUUAAUUAUAAAUCGUUGCAAUAACGUCUUGUGGAAAUUUUUCAGAAUGUGAUACAAGUGGAUUGUCGCGUGUAAUAAACAGAAAUAGGGGUAGUGCGGUUGUAUAGUCACUCAUUGAGUCGUUGUUUGUGUUGUGUAUACGUAUUUACUCGCUUGAACUUCGCCCGUUCACAACACAGAAAACUCAAAUGGUCAUAUAAGGGAUCACGCUACUCUUCUCUUCAAAUAAUGUACACGCAGUAUGAAGAAAAUUGAAAAUAAUGCAUUUUCAUUUUAGCAAUUGAAUUUCUAAAACGGGUCUUACUCGAGAAUACCAACGAAGCUCAAGUUUGCCUAUCUCCCAUGAAUUGGCACGUCUACCUCCAGAAUCAUGCUUCUCCAAGACUGCAAAUGAUCCGAGAAGAAACACUGGUAGUCACUGAAGAGAACAAAGUUAUGACACUGGAAGACCUUGCACUACAACCGAUAGAGUUCAGAGUGAAUUACGUUCAAGAAUUUAUUAAACGUUUGCUGUCUUCCUGGUCUGGAGCUGAUGUCGCUGAACUCGACUUAAAUGUUGGACUACACAAAUAUGGAAUUGAUUCAAUUGCCGCAACAAAUAUGAAACUUCAAAUAAAAAAUAACAUUGGUGCCUCGUUUGAAGUAAGUAUUUUUAAUAUCUUUUUUAAAAUCGAGCCUCCAAAGCAGUUUCCUUUACUUUAGGAAAACAGAAACAUAUGUUUAAUAUUAAAGACUAGGUUACACGUGCAAACUCUUCUCGCAAUCCUAGGUAUCAAAAUUGAUUGCGCGUUACUGGUGCAAGAGAUUUACUGCAAUGUGCGCAAUGAAACAUGUAUCUAAGGAUAAACUGAAGGAGAGACACUGUCUGUUCCUAACAUAAAAAUUUAGGUUUGUAACGAAAGUUUGAAUUUUCGAAUAGCUCGGCAAAUCAGUGUGAUGAUUGUCAGUUUAAUAAAGUUAAAAAGCUGCCAACUGUUCUUGAGAAUGACAACUUAAGCAAACUGUCAUCUAGUACGAAUGUUAAUUUUAGAGGGAGGACAAAGAAGGUUAAUGUGAAAAUGUUUUUUCCUGGGCUUGCUUCCUGAAGUUAGGCAAGCCGAGCAACAAUGUUUUUACAAGAAAAAUUACACUUGCAAGAUAAUAAAUUAUUUAAUAUGUUACAUUGAAACAAGAUAUUUAAUUCAGCAGUGAAUGACUCGAAGGACUGUAAAUGUACUACUUCGCAUUUAAUACUUCCUGCAAUGAUUAUAUUACACUGACAUUUUUUAAUAUUUAGACAUACUAUUUCAUUCAACCAAAGACGAGUGGUCUAACCAUUAUCAAUAAUAUCCUGGAACAGAUUGACAAGAUAAGUACGACUUCUGAUGAGGAUGACUCUUCAGGAAAUGGUAACCGAAGGAAAAGUUUCUUGUCUAGAAAGCAAAGGAAAAGCAUUUUGUUAGAUAACAAAAGGAAAAGUUUUGUGUUGGAUAUUAACGAAAGGAAAAGCCUUUUCUUAGAUGACCAGACGAAAAACAUUUCCUUAGAUAACAGAAGGAAGACCUUUUCCUUACCUACAUUUCAUGCUAUUGAAGAAGAAGAAGAAGAGGAGGCAGAAGGAAGCAAUGGACUGGAGCUUCAGACCGUUACAACAAACAAAGAGAAAGUUGUUCCACUCUAUACUCCAGAUGACGCAGUUGUGAAAGUAUUUAUGAUUCAUGGCAGCCAGAAAUCAGCACUGGCAUUGGCAACAUUUGCACUUGGUUUCCAGCAGCAGGUAAUUCAUAUUCAUUCAAACUGAACCUUUUACAUUAACUAAGUUCUUAACAAUUUACGUUCAGAUCCAAGAACCUUUUAUUCAUGCUCCACUAAGAUUAUGCAGGAAGACAGUUAGUUGUUUGAAAACUUUCAUGUACAGUAGGCAAUCUCAUGCCGGUCGUCUAUCUUCCGGCUAGUCUUCCUUAGUCUAAAUUAAUUUGCCUCCAUUGCAGAAACCUGCUCCAGUAGCAGAUAUUUGGCGAAAUGUAAUCAUUGGGGCAGGUGCGAAUUCAUAGAUUGGCAGGAGAAAUCAGUAUUCCUGUCCUGAAGCCUUUUUUUGCUAUAGAAAAACAAUGCGGUACCUUGUAAUUAUUCAAAGAAUGUAUGAGUUUCUUACAUCUACAUUUACAAAUGGGGGUCCUGCAAAGAGGGAUAUCCAUCAUCGGAAGACAAAAAUGGAAUAUUAUCGAAGAAACUGGACAGCAGCUGUUUUUUUAACGUUUUGAGAAAUUUUCAGAGAUAUUAGUUUGCCACUCCCUCGUCUAUCCGUCUAUAACAACAUUUGACUGAACUGAUUAGUUAUCUGUAGUUAAAUGUUCGUAAAUGCAAACUAUCUGUGUGUGGUUCUGUUUACUAUUUUGUAUCGAGGGAGGACAACGAAGGUUAAUGUGAAAAUGUUUUUUCCUGGACUUUCUUCCUGAAGUUAGGCAAGCCCAUUUGACUGAACUGAUUAGUUAUCUGUAGUUAAAUGUUCGUAAAUGCAAAAUAUCUGCAUGUGGUUCUGUUUACUAUUUUGUAUCUUGUUUCAGACAAAUAUUGCAUUAUAUGGCAUUGGAGUGGAUGACACGUCAUUUAAGAAAAGUGAGUACGGCACUGUUCUGAUUCUCGCCAAAAGAUAUAUAGAUCUUAUCCAAAAAAUUCAGUCAAGUGGUCCAUAUUACCUCGGUAAGUCAUAAUUGGUAACAGAUCUAGAUUUUCACUAUAGACUUGCCACAAAAUUAGUUGUUACAACAUGAUUAUAUCAGCUGAGUUACCAACUUGUGAACAAGUUGUCAUUCAAGCGACAAUCUAAGGGGGUGGGUAUCUAAUAGUUGCUCUGAAAGUAACUAACAUGACUGCAAAGAUCGAAUUACCAUUGUUGAUUUCAUCUUUAUAGUCAAUAAAAUGUGUGGUUUAGAGACUCCCUGGAAAUAAAAUAACUCGUGAUCCAUGUUUUGUCGAUAGGUUUAUGCGAAAAUGUUGAUCGCAUCAGCCAUUCGUCCAUGACUUGAACAAUUGAUCAGUUUGAAAUAUAGGGGGGGGGGGGCGGUAGUAAUACCAAUAUGUAUAGGAUAAACACCGAGGAGGGAUUUAUGUCAGAUAAUGACCCGAUGACACGCAGCGUCCGAGGUCUAACGUUUAUCAUAUUUAAUUCUUGAUUGAGGAGGUUUUCCAACAAAGUUUUGUCUGUUUCGUCUGCUUUGAACUACUAUUUUCGUAGUUUCUAAUUAAUAUUCGAAGUGAUUAUUAAAAACUAUCACCUCGGUACAUGAAAGAAAACCGACUUAAUCAAGAAUUAAGCUGAAAUAAGUACCCAAAUGUCAAUGCUCUCAAAGUACUAGUUAGAUGCAUGCUUAUGGUCGCCCCAUACAGAAUCAUACAUUCUCAUUCACAAGAUUAUAAGCGCCAUUUGCAGGCUUAAUAACUUAUAAUAACAUUAUAAAAUUAGUAACUAAAAUUUUCUAUGCGGGCCAGUUGUCUCUACUACCCGUCCUCCCCACUGCGUACGGCCCUUCUAUUGGUGGUCACCUGACAAACAAGGACCACAUUUUUGCAUAAACCUACACACAUAAAAACGUACAAGUGGUACAACUUGUAAUAACUCUGUAGUCUGUACCACUGCUGUUUCAACAACUUGUUCCCAUCAGGAUUUGUUCGCACUGCUUGUUCCCAGAAUGCUCACAAGUUGAUCAACCGGUUGCUGACAACUUACUACAAGGCUGUUGGACUCAACAGACUUGUUGUAGAUUGUUCCAGCAAUAGGCAAUUCCAGCUUUUAAUUUAUGCGCGCAGGGGAUGACGGGAAGUAAGGUAUCAUAUUGUUGAUUAUGCUUAAAAAUUUCAAUAAAAAGUGCCGAAACAACCGAAAUAUUUCAAGAUUUACAAGUAUAAGCUAUCACUCCGUGUUUACGCAGCCGCCAUUUUUAUUUUUUCAGCAUAGUCAACAAUAUGAUACCUUAUUUCCCAACAAUGUAUUCCAGAAGGAUCCUCAGAGAUAUGAAAAAACUGGUUUCAUAUAUUCUGAUACUAUAACGGAUACAAAAUUAUGUGCGAAUUUUUCGUUGCACUCUGCAAUGUCAGAAUAAUAUAAAACUAGUUCUAUUUUAAUAAUGUAGUCUGGUCUUCUUUUUGUAGCGGGCUACUCCUUCGGCGGUAUGGUAGCCUACGAAAUGGCAAGUGAAUUAAAAAGAGAAUAUAAUGAAACAGUCGCGAUGGUGUUCAUGGUGGAUACAUACGCGUGGUUUCCUAAAGCCUUGACAAACUGUACUGAAUACAUUACAACGUGCAUAGAACAGAACUUGAAAUCAUUGGAAAAGAGUGUGGUAAAUAUACAGUUACCUGGCUGCAUUAUGGCUUGUUUCAAUCUUCUUACCACUAUUUUUGCAAAAUACAAAACAAUGGUAACUCCGGUAAACAUUUUCAAAAUUAUUUAUGUCUACGUUUCGAUGCUUUAUGGUCGUUUCGUCCCCAACACGGACGUCACCCGAAAAUUGGUAGGACUAAUAUUGACGGCAUUUUGCAUCAUAGCGCUCGUCUAAGGAAGCAAAAAACUUUAAAAAUCAUAGGUUUUUUCAUAUGUGUUGAAGAUUACCACAAACUGACAAAAACACAGUUUUUAAUCCAGUCCCACUCGACGAACUGACGUCCGUGUUGACAAAAACAUUGCGAUCUUAAGCUCACUAAUGGCAGUCAUUCUGUCAUUGGUCUAGUUUUCUUCAGACUCAGUUCCAAUUAAAAUAAUGUCAAGUGUCACUAUAAUAGUCACUGACAACAGCAAUAUUAAUAUUGUGAAAUAAAAGCCAAAUAUUUAAGUUACAUUUCAAAGUUUCGGAAUUUAAAUAAAAAAAUGUGUAUUAUCCAGGCAUACAAUCCACUGAGAUACAAUCUCAAAAAGUAAGAUAUAUUGUGUUAAAGAAGUAGGUUAUACAGAUAAAACAGUAUCUAGUCUGGGGACGAAACGUGAAGGGGACGAAACGGCAAGGGGACGAAACGACCAGUUACCGUUUCGCUUAGGAAUGCUUAAAUUAUUACAGAACAUAGGCUUUAUAUGUGAAGAAAUAUGAGAAUGCCUAUAUAAGGUAAUUAGUUAAAUAUUAUCAAAAAACUCAUGAGGAAUAAUUGAGGAUUAAUAAUUCAUGAGGAAAAUACAAAAGAAAUCACUGCCGUGUGGGUAGUUUUAUAUGUGAUAAAAAUCAUGUUCAUUUACAUAAAAUUUAGCUUUGAUUUUCUCAGCUUAGACAACGUUUAGUUUUACAAUUACUUGGCCAAAGAAUUAUUUUUUAAACUUUUAUUUUGAUUUGAGUAUAACAUCAUCAGGAAUGCUAAAAUUAUUACAGAACAAAAGUUUUAUGUGGAACAGAAAAAAGGUUGUGUUAUCAAUAUUGUUGUGAUUUUUAUCAUAUUGCGUAUAUAAAGUUAUAAUCUACAACAAUUAAAUUUUCAGAUAUUGAUAUUGUACAGAUUUGUUGAACUUCGUGACGGCCACAAAAUUUCGAAAAUGAAUAAGUAAAUGAUAAAACAAUUAUUGAACUCGGUUAUCGCAAAUUAAAUAUCGUGAUUUAUCAGUGGCUCGUAGAUCAAUUAUUUGCGUCUGCCUUCCGCAUCGGUAAACAAUUGAUCUGCUGGCCACUGACAAAUCACAAUAUUUUGCCCAACCUCGUCCAAUAAUUGUAUAUUAUCUGAGCUUCUUCUUUAUAACUAUAAAAUAAUUGAUAGAGCUGACAAUUUAGCAUGGUCACUACUUCUAUUCAAAAGUGGACAAAACCUAAUCUUAACCAUCGAACAAAACCCCCUAAAAAACUGAGUAGUAUUAAAACACGAGCAGGAGUUGCUUUAUCAGAUAUAAAAUACGAGGGUACAGCUCGAGUGUUUUAUAUCUGAUAAAGCACGAACUACGAAAGUUGUAAAUGGCUUAAAAAACGAACCAUCUGAUAAGUUCAUAAACGGAGUUACAAUUGUUUUGUAUUUUACAUCUUAUAUGAACAGUAAGGAUGAACAGCUAGCUGCCUCGACUAACCUAAUGGUUACUGCUGCUAGCUUGCAUCUAAUUCAGGAUCUGAAUGUUGAAUGUGAAUAAUAUAAUUAAAAUUAUGGUGCUAAAUAAAAAAAUGAUUGAUUGAUUGAUUGAUUGAAUACUUGAAGAACAGCCACAGAUGCGAAAAUGUGCAGGCACCUUUGCCUUAUUUGAUACUUUUUAUUCUGAUAAACCAAUCAGAUAGCCGGGUUUAACUAGCCUCAUGCAUAUUAAACUUUGACAGAUAAUAAUUGUAUUAAUUUUGUAUUUGCAAAUAAAGAUUUCGUCAUAAUUUUUUCAUUUGCAGACAAGGCAACUAGUCGAAAAAAUGGCUUUUGUUGGACUUGGUGUAACACGAAAUGAGGUGGAUAGUUUGUACGAGGAGAAAUUAGGAGACAGUGAAGAAGUGAUAACCGCUUUGGAGCAUCGAGCUGCUCAAGAGAACCAGAUUUUUCCUUUGAAAGAAAAAGUUGACACGGUUUUAUAUGAGCUGAAAUCAGCAGCUAAGGCUUACGUUGCUUGGGAACCUUCUAAGGUAUAGCAUAGUCUCUUCUUUAAGACACCAAUUAAGUUACUUAGAGUUUCGAAAUCAGCUAACUGAGCUUAAUGCACACCAUGAUUAUAAACGUACGAGACCAUUUUUGUGUCACUCUAAAAUUUGACCGAGUUUUAAAAUUGUGAUCAAAUGAACUGGAUUUAAGCCCAUUUCUCAUAUGUUUUCCUAAAUAUUCUUGAACUUGUUCCAGCUAGCAUUUCCUCGAAUUGCUUUGAUUUUUGAAAUUGUAGGGUCAAUUGUCCGGUACCACCCUACCCUCUGUCUUGUACGCGAAUGUCAGCGAUAAAGAUCAGCUAUUGGAGAAAAACGAUAUGAAGGCUCUCGCUAUUAUAACUUCAACAGCAUUUUUAAUUGCACCAGUCGAACUACUACUAUAGGAAAAUGAGCAAGUUCCAGACCAGGAAAGCCUCUGGUGAGGAACAUUCCAAGUUCCUGAUCGAUUUUGAAGACCAUUAAACAUGUGUCCAGGUCUGACAUGUCAUACUUUAAUUUAAAAAGAACAAUAAAACAGUUUAUUCAUAUUUCUCAACAGAUAUGUUAUGAAGAAACAAUAACAUACAUAUGCUGUGAUGAGACCAACUCGUUUGCCCUAUGGAAAACAGGAAUUUGGGAAUCGUUAGUUGAGAGAAUGGAUAUUCUCUAUGUUUCGGGAAAUCAUAUAGAACUGCGUGACGAGACUCGUGGCAAGAUUUGCGGAUCCAUAAUGAUGACAACAGCAGCAAUGAAGUAUCAGUCAGCAUUUUCAACAUUUAAUCUCCAGGCAGUGAGAUCAAGGCCUCAAGAACGGUUGGUGGAGUCUCUCAAGCAAGGCUUGGACAUCUGGAUGCUGUCAAAUCCAAGUAAGGGGAAUAUAUUGCUAUUAUAUAUUGCAAAGAAAUGCCGCUGUGGGCAAUACCACAGCAGUAUCUUGUAACAAACUAUGAUCAACCUAUUCUAACGCGUAGCAAUUAUACAUGUAUGGUGAAAUAUAAAUAAAAAGGGUUUUUUGUUUUCUUAAACAUUUCUCCCAAAAGGAUAAACAUUGACGCUGACUAUAGCAUUUACCGACGCGUUACAGUUAUCAAAACUCAUCAACAGAAGGUAUAAUAAAAAUUGACAUCCCUGGGGCAGGCGCGGAUGAAUUUUGUAUGCAAUCAAUGGGACAUCAUUGAAUAAAUUGUUAUCAGAGCAAGUGUCAAAUCUUCAAUAUUUUCAACGUUUACAAUAUAUACCGGAUUUUGUAUGCAUACUGGAUUUUUACCUCAAAAGGAAUUAUCCGGUUGCUCCUGGUGGAUAAAACAGGCUGUAUCCUUUUUCAGGUAAAAUACUACACUAUAUGAUUUCGUGAACCAAAGCACUCAUUUUGUAUGUAUACCAUAUUUACUCGUUGAAGUGCUGGGACGCUCUUUAAAUUUUCUGGGUUUCAAAUGCGGUGCGAGAUCGUUUGAGGGAUUUCGAAAUUAUUUCAUUCUGCCUUCACAACGGAAUUCGUUUUUCCACAGUUGUGGAGAGAUGAUUGAAUAAGAGAGGACUGGAAUAAACAAUCUUUGAACUUAAAAGCAAUAUGGGAGCUAGGUUCAGUUUCUGAGACUGAUUCAAGAUCCAACAAUUCUCUCCGAAGGUGCUUCGAUUAAGUGCCGCGUUUUUUUAAGUAAGUGCGGCGCUUAUUCGAGGGCGGCACUUAAUCCAGAGCAGUGUUUAUUAGGAGACGGCGCUUAAGCGAGUAAAUACGGUCAGCUUUCAGGAUUUAACAAAUAUGAUGUAAUUAUUGUUUAAAAAAAACAACGCUCGUAAGGAUGCUGGUGAAGGGGUAUUCAGUUUGACAGUUUAACGGCUUUACUGAAAUUGUUCGGCAUUUCAUGGCUAUUUAAGAAAUGUCGAGAUUUUGUUGGCAACUCACUCGAUUCAAUAAUAGUUGAAGGGUCUUGUAGAUGGAAAUAUCGAGAUUAUUAUAGAUUUAUUAGAUUUAGACCUAACGAGGAACAGCUGCGAAAAAUGCAACUAUAGGGCAUGGCAGGAAUCUAACCUGAGGCUCUGCGAUUCCGGUGCAGAAAGCCUACAAUAGCUUUCUCCUGCACGCAGGAUUCAGUAAUAUUUAACAAAUAUAAAACAUUUUCCGUGUUGAUAUACAGUUAUAUCAACACGAGUGGAAUUGGGAAAACGAGAAAUUGUAUGGAAACAAGACGCCCGAAGGGCGGAGUGUUUUCAUACAAUUUCGAGUUUUCCCAACUUCCACGAGUGUUGAUAUAACUAUAUAUCAAUACGGAAAAAUGUUUUAUAUUUUUUUUAUAAUAUGGCAAUGUCAAAAGCCUGAAGGAUAAGAAAAAUUUCCGUGUUUACAAGCGGCGGAAAAUUUCCCGUGUUGACAUUGAGUUAUAUCAACACGGCUCUUAGCCAAUCAGCGUUCAGAAUUUACAAAUGCUAUAUUAUAAUGAAUAUUAAGAGAACGCUAUUCUGGACCAUUAUUGAAACCAUUAAUUGCGCUAUUCAUUCAGUGAAGGCACAGAUUCUUUGAACGAUGCUGCCGUCUUAGGUUGUGGUGUCCAUUGCUCCGUCAUAACAUUAAUAGCAUCGUUCAAAGAUUCUGAAGUAAUUAAGUCUAUUAAAUUCCGACAACACUGUAAUCAGUCAAUUUCUCUAAUCCACAUCUAGGUUCCUCAAAACUGGUGAAAGGUACUCUAUGGUUAGAUUCCGAAGAAACAGUAUUUAGUUUUGAAUAUGAAUCGCUUGUACGUCGAAAUACACACAAGAUUUUUGUCAAAGGUAAAGGAGUACGAAUAAAUUUCAGUAACCAUUGGGCAGCUAGUAAGCUUAUCUAGGGGGCUUAUUUUAUUGUAUGUCCUCCGGGUUAAUCUGGAUUAAUCAACUCAGUUGACCUCAUUUAUUUACUUUGCUUACAAAUUCAAAAAAUAACCAUAGGCGUACGAAUGCUUUCCGGGGAGGCAGUUGAAAGUUUGCCCGAGGAAUUUUUCGGAAGAUUGAAAUGAAAUAACCCGAAUUUGACAUAAUUACUGAUAAAUCUGCCCAACAUUUCCCAGCAUUUGCCCAAAUCCCCAUGGGUUUCCAAAGUAUUUGGGCGGGGGCAGGUACCUGGGGUAGAACGGUUGGCACAAGUAUCGUGUGCGCAAGACCCAUAGAUGGUAUUAGGAGAGCAUGCCUCCAGAAAGGUUUCAUGAAAUUUGGGGUCGCACAGAAUUCUGAUGGUCAUAAAAUGAUGUAUAUUAGAUUUGGAAAUCAGUUUUAAAUUUCCUGAUUUAGUCUUCGAGGUUUGUCUGUUGCUUUCACUCAACAUAUUUUGCCCGAUAAAUUAUCGAGUACUUAAUUAAAAAAAUAACGUCCACAAAACUGCGGUUUCUAAACAUUGACAGGCUAUCACCCCCUCCUCCCCAAUUUAAUUAAACAACCACCCUUCAAGUAGAUACACCGUGCAUAAAUGAUAAAACAUUUAGUUUAUUAAAUUGAGUAAUGUACGUUUCUAAUUUAUAUUAAUAUCAAUUUUACCUUUAAGAAUUGAGCAACAUUCUUCCUGGCAGACACGUUGAUGCAGUUCGCAAGCACCAUGCCAGCAAGUCUUACAUUGAUUUUCUUACAUGUAUGUUGAACACCAAAGGCAAGCUAUACACAUUCCGAUCUGAAGAUUGGGAACAGUUGAAGCAGUUCAUCGAUGCUUUGGAAGCUCUUUUUGGGAUACCGUUUAUGCAGUGACAUGUUUGCAUGCGACCCCCUAAGUUUAAUUACAUUGACUUUUAUAAGUUUUGGAAACAUUAAGGAAGAAUUUGAUUGUUUGGAAUUUAUUUUCAUGAAUAUUCUGAUAGUGUCAUAUUUAAUCUAUAUUUAGUUGCGUUUUUGUAAAACCAGUUAAUAAAAACAAUGAAUCUUUGACAAGAACAAACAUUGAACCAUUAUGAAAAUUAUAACGUUAUUACUUCAUAUUCGUAAUUUUAAAAUAAGCGCGUUGUUUGUGUAGAUGAGGAAUCGGGUUUCAGAUUGUGAAGAGAUUGUAAGCUUGAUUGUAAGAGUGUUGUAUUGGAUUGAAAUAAAG